UAGAUAAGCAACAAAUUAGAGGGAGAAAAAAAAAAUAGUAUGCAGAUUUCAGGUAGUAUGAUCCCAUUUAUUCUUUUGGCAUUCAUUUUAAUUUCGGGAGCUUCUUCUGCUCAUACUGAAAAUGAUUUUCUUGAAUGCCUUAGCCUUCAGUUUCGAAAAUCCAACUCAGAGUCUGAUUCUAUUUACACCCCAUUAAAUGCAUCAUAUUCAUCUAUUUUCCAGUCUUCAAUACGUAAUCUACGCCCAGCAUCAAAGUCUGGCCAGAAACCUGUCGUAAUCAUUACACCAGAGCAUGAAUCUCAAAUUCAAGCAGCGAUUUAUUGCUCUAAAAAACAUGGGAUUCAGCUAAAAGUCCGAAGUGGUGGACAUGACUACGAAGGACUUUCAUACAUAUCUCAAACGUCAUUUUUCAUAGUGGAUAUGAGAAACCUACGAUCAAUAUCCAUUGACACAGAAAAAAACACUGCAUGGGUUCAAACAGGUGCAACACUUGGUGAACUUUAUUAUACAAUCUCUCAGAAAAGCAAGACUUUGGCGUUCACAGCCGGUGUUUGCCCUACUGUGGGUGUUGGAGGGCACUUCAGUGGCGGAGGAUAUGGCAUGAUGUCACGUAAACAUGGUAUUGCUGCAGAUCACAUCAUUGAUGCCAAACUCAUUGAUGCUAAUGGCCAAAUUCUCGACCGAGAAUCCAUGGGAGAAGAUCUCUUCUGGGCCAUUAGAGGAGGUGGAGGUACCAGUUUUGGAAUUGUGGUUGCAUUUGAGGUGAAAUUAAUUGUAAUUCCGGAAACUGUGACAGUUUUUAAUGUUACAAGAACGUUAGAACAAAAUGCAACCCAGCUAGUACACAGAUGGCAAUAUGUUGCUGACAAGAUUGAUGACAAUCUUUUGUUAAGGCUCUUCUUAAGAAGCAUCAACUCUUCAGGAAAGAGGACAAUAAGAGCUUCUUUCACUUCUUUGUACCUAGGUCGAGUUGAUGAUCUUCUUAUUAUAAUGCAAGAGAAAUUCCCAGAGUUGAGUUUGGUGAAAGAAGAUUGUACUGAAAUGCGAUGGAUAGAGUCCAUACUCUUUUUUGCAGGUUUCCAGGGCCGAUCUUCGGACAUUUUGCUGAAUAGAACUCAAGCUUCCACGAGGUAUUUCAAAGGAAAAUCCGAUUACGUGAAGCAACCAAUUCCAGAAUAUGGUCUAAAAGGCAUAUGGAAGUUUCUUAACCAGGAAGAUGUAAAUAGGGCUGAAUUGCAAUUCAGUCCAUAUGGAGGGAGAAUUUACAAUAUCUCAGAAUCAGAAAUUCCUUUCCCACAUCGAUCAGGCAACAUAUUCAUGAUCCACUAUGGUGUGGGCUGGAGUGAAGAAGAGAACGCAAAAUCCGGAAGGCAUAUAAAUUGGAUCCGGAAGCUUUACACUUAUAUGGCUCGUUAUGUGUCAAAAUCACCAAGAGCUGCAUAUUUCAAUUACAGAGAUUUGGAUAUUGGAAUGAACAGCAUUGAGGGGAAUACGAGCUACAAACAAGCAAGUGUUUGGGGAUUUAAGUACUUUAAGCAUAACUUUAGAAGAUUGGUUCAUAUCAAGAGUAAGGCGGAUCCAACAAAUUUCUUUAGAAAUGAACAAAGUGUUCCACCAGUAUCGCCAUGGUAAAAGAAGAAUAUGUAUUGGUUUUCCAGUAUUUAUAUACUCAAUAAAAGGCAUACGUGCCCUGAACAAUUUGUUAUCUAAGCAUAAAUAAACAAUGAAUAAUGAAUAAAUGACCAUUUAGUUUUUUAUUUUGUUUUA